AUGCCGCCUGUUGUUGCUCCAGAGCGGCGUGCCAGCCUGUACGCUCGUGUGAAUUCUAACCUCCAGCCUCAAGCAGCUCGUCAUUGGCGCCAGCAUUGCGGAUCCCCGGAGGCGACGUCUUCGGGGAGUGCUAGGCAAACCUCCAUUCCCGCUCCAAAGUCAAAAGGACGCGGUGGCCGCAAAAUAGGACGUGCAGCGCUCAAGCUUAGACGAGAAGAAGAACAGCUAAAACGAAGUGGUGCUCUUGCGCGCUAUGAGCUCUACCUUGUUCGUCGUGACUGCGCAGUAGAUCCGCUGCUCUCACCGUCGGCCUCCACUACCGAGCGUCGUCUCUGGGACGAGCUACACGACAUCCACCUGCUUUUACGCGAGACCCAUGUACCGACAGGAUCCCACAGCAUCAACCACGCCUACUUCGAAACCAUCGACUUUCGGCUGACAGACGCCGAGACGGCCGCAUUGGCAGUCGCUCAGACACAAGGUAUCACGCCCAGAACGCGCGAUAAACUACUACAUAUCCACCGCCGGACGCUCGCCAUCCUGUAUACGGAACAGGAACUACUCACGAUGGAUGCUCCUCAGUCUCGGUCCAUAGGCCGUGACGAUGCAUUUUUGCCUUGCGGUAGAAGGAUCAAGCACCGCGAAUUCAACUCGGUCUUUGGCUGGUGGUCGAGCGAGCAGCUUCUCGACAAGUAUGGCAUGACGUACUCGGAUGAUAACGGCGCCGAGAGCGCCAUGUCCUCUUCCGAUGAGGAGGAUAGCGAGGCGGCAUCUGGAUCUGGACGGGUGAGCGAUGCGCUCAUCAGGGACCUGUUCGCGUCGGAUGUAGAGGAUGAUUCGGACAUGGAUAACUGA